AUGGCAGGGAAACCCGGCAGCCUCAAGGGUGUCGCCCUCAUCAGCGGCGGUGGCGCCGACAGCGCUGUCGCCGGCGCCCUCCACUUCGUCCAAGACCCCUCCUCCGGGUAUACCGAGGUGAGGGGGAGGGUCUCGGGCCUCGCCCCGGGCCUCCACGGCUUCCACAUCCACGCCUUCGGCGACACCACCAACGGCUGCAACUCCACCGGACCCCAUUUCAAUCCUCAUAAUAAGUCCCAUGGAGCACCGGUUGAUGAUGAACGACAUGUGGGCGACCUGGGAAACAUACAAGCCAACAAGGAUGGUGUUGCAGAAAUCUUCAUAAAGGACUUGCAGAUUUCACUAAGGGGGCCUCAUUCCAUACUGGGAAGGGCAGUUGUCGUUCAUGCUGAUUCUGAUGACCUAGGAAAGGGUGGCCAUGAACUCAGCAAGUCAACAGGAAAUGCAGGAGCCAGAAUUGGAUGUGGUAAAUGGCAAACCCUUUAUUUGUUUUCAACACUGAGCAAAUGCACACACAAGGUAUCAUUGGAAUUCAGCCGGCUGUUUAACAAAAAAAAUACAAGAGCCGUUGGAGUCCAUGUUGGUAUUGCUGCGCGCAGACAAGGAAACAGUGAUAUCGUUGAAGAUCAUACAUUUUGA